AUGAUCGCGACCACACUUCUUCCGAGCCCCAGAGAGCCACGCCGGCCGUCGAUUUCAAAUCCUCGAAUCCGGGCCCAGGCGGAUGCGCCGCCUUUCGGAACCGACCGCGAUGCAAAUUCUGCAAACUAUCCGAGUGAGAGCGAGGCGACCCUGCAUGCAUCCAAAGCUGCCGAACUCAACUUUGUCCAACGCAUAGCAAAGCCAAGCCGAACCCACCUCGCCAUCCUCACCUCCAUCUCAUCCGCCUCGCCCCACAUCGACGUCAUCCUUCAUACCCACCACGCUGCCCUCGACACCGCCGUCGCCAGUCGCACAUACAUAUACCGCACCACCACCACCACCACCACCACCACGCGCUCCUCCUUCUCCAUCACCACCAACGACAAUCAUCCAACCAUGAAAAAGAUCCAGCGCUUCGUCGGCGUAGGCGACUCCAAGCCCGCUUCCGCACCCCUCAGCACGAGCCCAAAUGCCUCCUACCUCGCAUCGGCCUCAACUCCCAACGCUUCUUCCUACGACCCUGCAUCGCCCUCGCCAAACCACCUCUUGCCGCCCACCACCCAGUCCGCAAGCGUCGCGCUCCCACAGCCCCAGUACGCAUCCAGGCAGGUCUCUCCGCAGUCCUCGCACUCUAUGCUCCACUCGCCCGCCGCACGCGCAUCGCCUCAGCCGCACAGUCCAAGCGCUCACCAGCAGUACUUUGACAUUCCACCACGCGCCGUCUCGCCAGCCGCAACAACCCCACAUCCCGUCUCGCCGCUCGCUCCCCCAUCCUCCUCCGCAGACGUACACCUCGUGGAACGUCCCGACCUCCACAAGUCGCUCAAGGCCCUCGAGACGCUCCUCGUCAACCUCGACGAGUACCGCGACCUCUCCGCCCGCCUCGCCAAGGUCCAAAAGCGCCUCGCAAAGAGCGCCUCCGACCUCGAACGCAACAAGGUCGUCCUCGACACCCCCUCCCAAACCCUCCAGAUCUCCUCCACCAUGUUUGACGGCCUCGCAGACGUCGCCUCUCGACACGCAAAGCACAUCCAAAAGGAGUACGAGGCGCUCAACGACGCCUGCGCAAAGUACUUUAAAAAGGUCGCCAAGGAGGAACGCGCACACGACGACUACCUCGCCACCCUCGAUGCCAAGAUCAAAAAGGCAAACCUCGCCCACGACAAGAACGUCAAAAAAGCCUCGGGCACAAGGGCGCUCGAGUCGCACGACAAGUACAUCGCCACGGUUCAGGCGCUCACCAACGACGUCAGCCGUGCCAAGAAUGCACACGCCCUCUCCAUGGCCGCAAAGAGCCACGUCGCCUCCCUCCUCGUAGCAUCCACCCUCGGCGGCCUCGCGGACGUCGACUUUAAACAUCGCUGCGAAUCCAUCCGUCGCAUCGGUCCGCACGUCGGCCGCCUCAACCACCUCCUCUGCUUCACCUCGUCUGAAUUCAUGCCUGCCCUCCACCAAUCCGAGCUCCAACAGGCACAGCAGGGCCAGGCGGACUAUCUCGCAAGCCUCGCCGCUCAGGUCGAGGCGCAGGUCGUCGCCCAGACACACAUCAACGCCAAGAUCAACGAGGACACCCAGACUAUACUGCGCGCACAGGAGAUGGGUUGGCGUCCUCCUUCGCCACUCGCCCCGCCCACCGCCGCCUUUCACAACCUGGCACGCAGCACAAGCAUCAACAGCAACGCCAGCCGCACCAGCGCAACGCCCGCCACCUCAUCCUCGACGCUGCAGCAGCCAGCGCCUCAAACAGCUCAGACAGGCACGCGAUCGCGCACACACUCGUCGGCCACCGCCAACGAGCCACCGACUGCCGUUUCCGCAUCGCUGUCCCCCGCGCCGCUGGCUGACAACGACGCUGCCUCGGUUCACAGCGUGGCGACCGACCGAACGCCUCGUCAAGUCGAAGCCUCGGCCGAACGCGAGCCCGCUUCGUCGCGCGCCUCGUCGGAGCGCUUGCUCACAGUCGCCAACGCCGCCGAACGCGGCGUGGUCCGACUCGACCGUGCGCCCACGGGCUCCACGAUGAAGUCCAUGGCUGCGCAUCCCGAGACGUGGGAUGCUGCCUCCAUCGCCGCGUCUCGCUCGGGCCAUGCCGCCUCGCCACCGCAAGGCCACGACCGCACCGACACCUCCGCCCACGAGGGCUCGAUCGUCGACAAGCUAGCCGUACCGCGCGAAGACUCGGAUGCCGCUCCGAGUCUUAGCGCCAGCCAUAGCGCACAGGGGUCCGACGACGCUACCCGCAUCCCGCGCACUCCGGACGACAGCGAAGCUCUCCCCGCCCUGCAUGCCGAUCGUGCCAAGCCCACCGCAUCUACCGCCAUGCGUCCUGCCCAACGCGCGCUCGAAUCGUAUCGCGAGCAAUCUAUCCCCAACGACGCCACCAGUGCAAUUGGGCGAUCCGACAGCGUGUACAGCACCAGCAGCCAGCAAAGCGCUCUGGGGCCGCUGGCGGCAAGAGAGGCCAGUGCGCGUAAGCUCAGCCUGUGGGAGCGCGAGCGCGAACGCAUGCGUCAGCUCGACAACGAUCCCGCCUCUCGCCCCUCCUCCGCGCUCUACUCCACCGCCUCUAAUGGUAGUGGGUGGACGCGGUCCAAGCCGAGCGAGAGUGCGGGUAGCGAUCGCAGCACCGGCUCGCAGAUCGGUAUGGGUCUGCCACGACCCGCCACCGGCGCCGAGGAUGUAGACCGGUAUGCGCCGGCUGUUGGGUCGACGCGCUUAUCGGCGACGGGUGUGACGCGCUCACUCAGUACCGACACCACCGCUUCCGAGCGCAGCUUUGUUGCGCGCAUGAAGGCGCGCUACCAGGCGGAAAAGGAGCUCGAGCGCGAACAGCGCCAACUCAACGUGCUCGAAAAGGAGCGGGCGGCUAGAAGAGCAACUAUGGAUCCCACACUCUCCUUGCCCUCGCUCAGCGGCGCACGCUCCGGCGGAGGUGGGGGUGGACGGGUUCCCGAGAUCGCGUCGCGAUACCAGAUGGCUGGCACAUCCACCUAUGCGCAAGAAGUGCCCGCUCGGCGGUACCACGACAGCCUUCCCGCUGGGUCUCGUCUCAGCGCCUCCUCUACACCCUCGGCGAGUGGUGUGGACGAGUUCGGCGGUUUGAGGGCGAGACCGGAGGCGGCGCAUUCGGACGUGUGUGGAUGCCACCAGUGCUCGGCCCGUCACUACGGCAGUGGCACCACGCGCGUCGACCGCACCGAGCGUCCGCGAGAGUACAACGUCCGUCGCACCUCGAUGCCUGUCCCCGCCCGAACCGGACCGGUCGAUCCACCCCGCGCCAAACAGGCGAUGUACUCGUCCUCCCCCGCACGAGACGAGUACAUGCAGUACGCCCAGCGCCCGCAGCAUGCAUUUGCCAACGCACCUGCGCGCAGCUACGACGAAGCCCCCGAUGCUGCUAGGCGUGUGGCGUUUGCACGCGAACCCCAAAGCAUCCGCUGA